ACGUAAUAAUAUUCUUUCGAUUCUGAUCUCCGUUCUUUCGUGCCUGCUCGUGCCAAUGCCUACAACACUCAUCGAAGACCUGCAUGCCUCAGUCGAGGCUCAUAAUGAUACCUUCGAGGCUUUACUAAACUUGAUACCCGCCAAGUACUACCUGGCGAAAGAUGAUCAUGAUGCAGACAACAUUCCGUCCAAGUAUCAAAAACACAGCAAAAACCAAAAGGCACCCAAACAAGCUGCGAAGGAGGCAUCAAAAAAGGCUCGCAGGGAUAAGCUGGACCCAGCCAAUCAAAAUCAAGGGAAACGGAAAGCUGCGGUGAUCGGGUCCGAUUCUGAUGCCGACGACGACGAUAUGCAAGUGGAUGAUGUGGAUCUCAGCGAUGCCGUUGUGACUGCCCCACUCGACUCCAUACUCUCCGACGUGGUGGACAAAGUGGCGGAGAAACCGGGAGACAAAGAUGAGCUUUUGGAGGAACGGAGAAGGCAACGUGCCGCGCUUCGUGAAAAAAGACGAAAAGAGACAAGAGAGAGGCGCAAGGCAGAGGCUGAAGGCAAAAAGGGAAGCAAGAAGGAAGCGACGAAGGGUCUUCCUGUCAAGAAUCAGCUACUUGUUCCGGACUUGCCGGUCGCUUCAAAAGGAACUGCGGCAUCUCGUCUUAACGACGGACCCUUGACUAAUGUAUCUUUUUCUGUGGUGGCUGGGAGUUCGAGCAAAAAGGCCGCAUCACUCAAGACGUCUUCCAUCCCAAUCAAGCUUUGUCGCAGCUCGCUGCGCGGAAGGAAAAUUGGAUUCGAUGCCGGAGGACAAACGCAAAGCUAUAGAAGAUAAGAGUCGCUGGCAAAGCGGAGGGCGCGUCUUGAAGGCGUCAAGGUCAAGGAUGAUGAAGUGCGCCUCAAGAAAGCAGUAAAACGGAAAGAAAAGGAGAAAGCGAAGAGUAAGAGUCCUGGGAGGAGAGGAAAGGACCAACUCACAGCUUCCAUGGCUGCAAAGCAGAAAAACGUUCAGAUAACAUCGCGAUGCGAAACGAGCGACGGAGCGAUAAACGAAAGUCUUCGUCGUCAAAGGGGAAAGCUAAAGCUCGACCUGGUUUUGAGGGCAAGACUUUCCAUAAGGGUAAAGGGAAAGCUACG